UAUCCCAAUUGACUGAACGAGGUGUUUUCAAAUUUAAUGUUGAUCACGCCAACAUACUAAAACAAGUUUUUUUUCUAUUUUGGAAAAUGGCUAAUUUUGGAUGCGACGAUCUAUUUGACGCGUUUGAAGAAACUAAUGAUGAUAUUUUGCAAAACAGUUUAACAAAAGGCUUUAAGCGAGAAAACGAUGAAAUUAGAGGAGAGACAGUUGUAAAGAAAUUAAAAACUGAAGCUAUUCUUGAAGACAUUAAUUUGAAUGAAAUUGAAUCUAGAAUAAAAGUUCAUUCUAUUGAUACAUUGGGAUCAUGUACUCAUGAAGUUGCAAUACCUCCAGAUCAAGAUUAUGUUCCCUUAGAGAAUGUAACAACAAAACCAGCCAAAGAAUAUAAAUUUGUACUUGAUCCUUUUCAGAGGGAAGCUAUUUUAUGUAUUGAAAAUAAUCAAUCAGUUUUAGUAUCAGCACACACAUCAGCAGGCAAAACUGUAGUAGCAGAGUAUGCCAUUGCUUGCUCUUUGAGAGAUAAACAAAGAGUCAUAUACACAACUCCUAUCAAAGCUCUAAGUAAUCAAAAAUAUAGAGAAUUUUAUGAGGAGUUUAAAGAUGUUGGUUUAGUCACAGGUGAUGUAACAAUAAACCCAACUGCAAGUAUCUUAAUUAUGACAACUGAAAUUUUAAGAAAUAUGCUUUAUAGGGGUUCAGAGGUAAUGCGGGAAGUAGGAUGGGUAAUAUUUGAUGAAAUACACUACAUGAGAGAUAAAGAACGAGGUGUAGUUUGGGAAGAAACAUUAAUUUUGUUACCAGAUAAUGUGCAUUAUGUUUUUCUUUCUGCCACAAUACCAAAUGCUCGUGAGUUUGUAGAAUGGGUUGCUCACUUACACCACCAACCUUGUCAUGUUGUCUACACCGAUUAUAGACCAACUCCUUUACAGCACUACAUAUUUCCUGUUGGUGCAGAUGGAAUUCACUUGGUAGUUAAUGAAUAUGGUGAGUUUAAAGAAGAUAAUUUCAAUAGAGCUAUGACUUGUUUGCAAGGUGACAGUGCAAAAGGUGACACAAAAGGACGUAAAGGUGGAAUGCAUAAAACUAAUGCUGGACAUUCAAACAUUUUCAAGAUAGUAAAAAUGAUAAUGGAAAGAAAUUUUGCCCCAGUUAUUAUUUUCAGUUUCUCAAAAAAAGAUUGCGAAUUAUAUGCUAUGCAACUUGCUAAAUUAGACCUUAAUACAGCAGAGGAAAAAAGAUUAGUUGAUGAAGUAUUUAGCAAUGCAAUGGAUGUUCUCAAUGAAGAUGAUAGAAAGUUACCUCAAGUAGAAAAUGUUCUGCCCUUAUUAAGACGUGGAAUUGGUAUACAUCAUGGCGGGCUGCUUCCCAUUUUAAAAGAAACAGUAGAAAUUUUAUUUGGAGAAGGCUUAAUUAAAGCACUAUUUGCAACCGAAACUUUUGCAAUGGGUUUAAAUAUGCCUGCUAGAACAGUUUUGUUUACUGCACCGCGUAAAUUUGAUGGCAAAGAUUUUCGAUGGAUUACUUCUGGUGAAUACAUACAGAUGAGUGGGCGCGCCGGUAGACGAGGUCUGGAUGAAAAGGGCAUUGUUAUUCUUAUGAUUGAUGAACAAGUUAGUCCAAUUGUUGGUAAAGAAAUAGUACAAGGAAAAGCCGACCCUAUAAAUUCGGCAUUUCAUUUGACUUAUAAUAUGGUAUUAAAUCUACUUAGAGUAGAAGAAAUAAAUCCUGAAUAUAUGCUAGAAAGAAGCUUUUAUCAAUUUCAAAAUCAAGCUGCCAUUCCUGAACUUUUUAAUAGUGUCAAAGAGUUACAAAUUCAAUAUGAUGGUAUUCAAUUUGAAAAUUUUAAUUUAAUGUCAUCUUAUCAUGAUAUCAGAGAACAGUUGGAUCGCCUAAGUAUAGAUUUCAGAUCAUAUUUAACCAAACCAGAAUACUUACUACCGUUUCUUCAGCCAGGCAGACUGGUCAAAGUUAAAAAUGAACAUUAUGAAUUUGAUUGGGGUAUUAUUGUUAAUUUCAAAAAGAAAAACCCUAAAAACCCUGAAAAAGAGAAGACAAUUAUUGUUAUAGAUAUUUUGCUACAUGUUUCUAAGGAAUCGACUGAAUCUAUCCCAAAACCUUGUCCAGAAGGAGAGGAAGGCGAAUCAGAAGUUGUGCCUGUACUGCACACUCUAAUAUCGCAAAUAAGUUCUCUUCGCGUCUACUAUCCAAAAGAUUUAAGACCAACAGAUAACAGAAAAAGUGUCUUGAAAACUAUACAGGAGGUGAAGAAAAGAUUUCCUGAAGGCCCACCUCUACUAAAUCCAAUUGAAGAUAUGAAAAUAGUAGAUUCUGAGUUCAAAGAUAUAAUUAAAAGAAUAGAAGUUUUAGAAGAACGUUUAUUCGAACAUCCAAUGCACAAAGAUCCUAAUUUAAGUCAAUUGUAUGAAACAUUUUUGGAAAAAGAGAGUAUUGGAAAAAAACUAGUAGAUGCUAAGAUGGAAUUGAAAAGUGCAAAAUCCGUUUUACAAAUGGAUGAACUAAAGUGCAGAAAACGAGUGUUACGACGAUUGGCUUACUGUACAGCCGCAGACGUUAUAGAAUUAAAAGGCCGAGUAGCGUGUGAAUUGAAUGGAGCAGACGAGUUAUUAUUGACUGAAAUGAUUUUCAAUGGACUUUUCAAUUCUUUGACAGUUCCACAAAUGACAGCAUUAAUCAGCUGUUUUGUGUGUGACGACAAAUCAAGCGAGACUCCUAAAAGUAUAGAAGAAUUGAGCGGACCAUUAAGGCAAAUGCAAGAUAUAGCUAGAAGAAUAGCAAAAGUAUCUACAGAGGCAAACUUAGAAUUAGAUGAAGAUUCAUACGUAGAAAAAUUUAAGCCAUUUUUAAUGGACGUUGUUUAUGCGUGGUGUAAAGGUGCCACAUUUUUACAAAUAUGCAAGAUGACCGACAUUUUUGAAGGUUCUAUCAUUCGGUGUAUGCGGCGAUUAGAAGAAGUACUUCGACAACUGUUACAAGCAGCAAAAAAUAUAGGAAAUACAGACCUUGAAAACAAAUUUAGUGAAGCUAUUAAAUUAUUAAAAAGAGAUAUUGUAUUUGCAGCUUCUUUAUAUUUGUAAUUAUGAUUAUCAUUUUUUUAUAGCUUGUCGAUUUAC